UUUGUAAUUAAAUAAAUAUUUCGUUUGGCUAGCUAGUGCAAUAUCCAAUGCUUCUUUUUGGCUUCUGCAACAUCCAUAUCCUCUCAAGACUCUCUCUCUCUCUCUCUCUCUCUCACAAGAGAAGAGAGAAGAAGAAGUCUGGUUUUGGUUUUGGUUUUGAACAGAGGCAGAGGCAAAGGCAAGGAAAGAGAGAUGAAAUAACUCAGAACUCUCAAGUCUCAAGUUCGUUAGAAACCAUUUGUCCUUUACCACCUUGUUUCUUUCUUCUUCCUGGCCCUCCUUCAAGAAUCUCCAAGACCAAUUACAUUCCCCACCGCCCCCCCCUUCAAUCAUCCUUUCAUUCUUCAUUCUACUCUCUCUUCUAUCUAUCUAUCAAAUUAUUCAUUUGCUUUCUCUCAUCUUCUUCUUCUACCCUAGAUUCCUAAUGUCUACACCUACCAGAAACCACAUACCUCUUCUUUUUACACAAUUACCAUCCACAUCCACUCCUACCAUAAAUCCGCCUCUCCCCACCCCAAUCUAUCCUCCGCCGCCGCCACCUCCCCCGCCGCACAUCGCCUCCUUCAAACCAUCCGUCGCCGUCAUCGUCGCAGCUCUCACCACAAUGUUCUCCCUCACAUUUCUCCUCCUCCUCUACGCCAAGCACUGCAAGAGACAAAACGGAAACACCUAUUCCCGUAACCACCGCCCCGCCGCUUCUUCUUCUUCUAGUAGGUUUCCCCCAUUAACCAAUAGGAGAAACUCCGGCGUCGACCGGACCGUUAUCGAUUUACUUCCAGUUUUCCGCUUCGGUGCUCUCCAAGGUCAGAAAGACGGCCUUGAAUGUGCCGUCUGUUUGAAUCGCUUCGAACCUCAAGAAGUCCUCCGACUUUUACCCAAAUGCAAACACGCAUUUCACGUCGAGUGCGUCGACACCUGGCUCGACGCCCACUCUACUUGCCCUCUUUGCCGUUAUCGCGUCGAUCCCGAGGAUAUUCUACUCGUCGGCGACGCCAUAGCCGGAGUUUUAGGCAGACGCGAACCUACACUUCCAACUCCACCGCCGCCGCCGGCCGUCGACUCGAUCCAACAACAAAGGGUGGAGAGUUCGCGGCGGAUAUCUGGAAGACACUCGUCGGCGGGAGAGAGAGUCACCGGACUGUUGAAGAUAUUCCUGCCCAGACGACCCAGUCAGGAUUCAUCGUCCUUAAAUCGCGGCGGCGAGCGUCAACGGAGAUCGCUGGACAGUUGGAGAAAGAAGAGCAAGAAAUUACCGGAGACCACUGAGACCGUGACUGUAGGGUGCUUCGAGAGACAGCAAAGGAAAGACGGGCUUCUUCUGACGACAGGACGGAGUGUUGAAUCGGAGUAUGAUCGGAGACGGUUAGAGCACCGGAUUAUAAUCGGCGGCGGCGGCGGUAAGAAGGAAUCGGAUGUGGGUUUGGGUUUGGGUUUACCUGAGAGAUGGAGUGAAGUGCAGGGGUCGGAUCUGGUGUUGUUGAGAACAGAGAUGAUAAUGAACGAGAGCCGUCGAUGGUCUUCUUCCUCGGGAUCUAGGUCGUCGGUGGUGCAGAACUGGAAGUGGAACAGAAAGGGCAGGCGGGAGAUUGGAAUUGAAGAGGAUGGCAGAAAUGUAAUUAAAGGAAGAAGUGUGUCGGAAAUAACAGGGAUUAGCAGAGACAUAAUAAAUAAUCAUAAUAAUAAUAAUAAUAAUACAUGUGAGGUUUUAUCUCCAACUCCUCCGGUUGGACCGGUGUCUAGGUUGCUGGGUUGGAUGUCCCAUUCACAAUCUUAGACCUUGUUUGGUUUUAAUUCUCAGUCUGUAUCUAUCAAUUAUCAUCACCAUCACUUUGGAUUAUAAAUCAGAUUAAACAAACAAGGCCUUCAA